AUGUUCAGUGGGGCAUACGACAACCUCAAGGCAACUCUAGCAUACAGCGUCGGCUUUGGUGGUGUAAACUUUCUGUUCGGACUCCUUGCAAUGAGAUCGAUCGACACGUUGGGCCGCAGGCGAUGGCUGCUCUUCACACUACCGUUAAUGAGUCUGUUUCUCAUGGCAGCAGCUAUUGCGUAUAACGACAAUUUCUCAAAGGGUAUAGAGGCUCGAAAUGUCGUGGGAACCGUCUUCGUAUACUGCUUCGUGGCGGCAUAUGCACCUGGCUUAGGUCCCCUAUCGUUCAAUCCUAACCCGGACCAGGGAGCUUCAGUAGCUAUCACCAUAAACCUUUUCUUUGCGGGUCUCCUAUCUAUCCUCUUACCUGAGAUCUAUCAUGCUUUCCACGCACGAGGAACACUGGGGGUUUUCUCCGUCCUCAACGUCAUCGCAUUCAUCCUUGUUCUUUUCUUGAUUGAAGAAACCAGCAGUCGGAGUCUGGAGGACCUUGAAAGGGUCUAUGAGCGUCCAAAGAUCCAACUGGCCACGUGGGUAUGGGAUCAACAAGUUCCUUACUUUGUGAAGAAGUGGAUCCUUUGGAAAAGGGAUGUUGAUGAGCCUGUGCCUUAUGAUAGCUACGGGGAAGAGGGCCACGGUGCUGAAUCGGAAACAGAACUGGAGAGCUUGGGAGAAGCGCGAUAA